CCCUCAGAGGACGUCCAUCCCGGGACGAGCAGAGCACAAGCUCUAAAAACAGCAAACCGUUAUUUACACCUGAAAAAUAAAGCUGAGAGCGAAUAUUUUCAGGUAUGGUUUCAGAUCUCUUCUUUGAUUCCAGGAUUUAUCCGGUACCCGUGUUUUCUGGACUUUGGCCUUGUGUUUUCCUCCCCCGUCCUCCACUCGAGCUGCAUUCUUUUUCUUCUUAAAUAAUUCAUCAUCAGACACAAUGUGGAGCAGGAGCGACGGCGAGGACGGAUACGACUGUAACAAAACAGGUGAGAUUCACAGGCCUCAGCAGCUCUUCAGGAUGGGUCCUUGGCCCCCCCGGUCCUGGGAACAUUAUACUGGGGGGGCGCAGACACAGCACGGUGUCUGACAGCGGGGACACGGGGAUUGGUACUUACUGCUCUGACAGCAUGGAGGAUGACUCCAGCUCCAGCACCACUCCUUUGUCUUUCCAGAGACUGUCCCACACUCACUUAGGUCCAGAUCAAGAUGGCGUCCCCACCGUCCACGUCCUGCCGUCCCCCUCCCCCGUGUCCCCUGGAAGCUGGAGCAGGUCCGGUCAGCCGCUCACACCUGGUGCAGCGAGCUGCCCGGACAUGAAGGAGCAGAGACCUAUUCGAAAGUGGUCGUCUCUCACCAAACUGUCGUCGGGUGGAGAUAAGACGCGGACAUCAGGGGACUCACACAACCCCGACUCACGAGGCUCCUUGGACAGAGGUGUGCUCUACGGGUACAGAAAGGAACCCCGGGCUUCAAACCUGGACCUUUAUCUCCCUUUGUCUUUGUCCUCACUCGGCCGCACCUUGCUGCUGCGCUCGCCGGGCGCUGCUCCCGGAUACCGUUACCUCCACAGCAGCAGGUCACCCGCUCUGGAAACAGAGCGCUCCAUCUCUUCUGCUCUGUCCUCACCGGCUAAACACAGCAGUCUGGACAUGAGCUACAGCGCCUUACCUGAGGCCAAAGUGUCCCAGGGAGGAGGACAGGUGUUCAGCUUACCCACUCAGGGAGACCCCCUGCUGGGUCACCAGGGCGACAGAAGCUCCCCCAUCCAGCCCGCAGUGCGCACACAGAUGUGGCUGACCGAGCAGAUGGAGUACAGGCCCAAAGCAGGACAACCUGGAGCAGAGGGCAGGGCUGGAGACGGCCUGUUGCCAUGGCAGCAGGAACCAGGGCUGAACCAGAGCUCUCUGCCCGUCAACACUCUGCUGAAGCUGAAAGAGGGACUGAUGAGACAGAGAGAGCUGGAGAUCGACAGACAGAAGCAGCAGAUCCUGCAGAUCCACGCCCGGAUCAGAGAGAACGAGGUCAGAGUGCAGCAGGUCCUGCACAGCCAGAGAGGCUGGUUCGACCACACACACAUCCUCAGUCCUAAGGAACCCUUGUUGAGAGCGGCCUGUCAGCAGCCCUCUGAUAGGCUCCUCUGUGACGAGGAGCUCGGCAGGAAGCUGGCUGUCGCUGAACAUGAAGUUCUUCAUUUAAAUGAGUUCUUCAAACAAGUCACACAGAAAUACAACGAGGACAUCAGGAAGCUGGAGGAGAAGGUGAAGACGAGGGAUCGUUACAUCAGCAGCCUGAAGAAGAAGUGUCAGAGAGAGAACGAGCAGAACCAGGAGAAACAGCAGCGCAUAGAGACUCUGGAGAAAUACCUGUCUGACCUGCCUACGCUGGACAAGGUGCAGGGGCAGGCUACACAGCAGGAGCAGGUGCAGCAGAAGGCCAAACACCUGGAGAGGACAAUGAGUUGGUUGGAGAGCAGCCUGCAGGAGGGCUGUGCUCUGCUGGAGGAGAAAAACAUGAAGAUGGAGCAGCAGGCGAGGAGAGAGAAGGAGCUGAUAGCAUCUGUGCACAGUCUGCAGCAGAAGGUGCAGCAGUGUUUGGAUGACGGCGUCAGGUUACCUGUUCAGGACCUGAAGUGGCUCGAGGUGGAAAACUCUGAACUUCUGGAGCAGCAGGACCACACCAGCAGGCUGAUCAAACACCAGAGAGAACAGAUCGAGAGACUCACAUCCAAACUGACGGCCACCAGCAGCAGACUGCAGGAGAAAAGAGGCGUGUCUCUAUUACAGCAGACUGCUCCCCCUGGUGACGACAACAGCCUGAACCCCCCCGACAGAGCCCCCCCACAGAUAUCAGUACCCGGCGUGGAGGCUCCUGAAGUGGGCCGCCUGCUGAAGGAGAUGUCCCUGUGUCUGCUCGAUCUGCAGACGCUCUGCAGCAUCCUGAGCCAGAGAGCUCAGGGGAAGGAGCCCAAUCUGAGUCUGCUGCUGGGCAUGAAAUCUCUGAGUGUGUCUGCAGAGGAGAGCGACAGCAGACGGGAGGAGGAGGAGGAGCUCCGCUUCAAGCUGCUGGAGGUCAGCCAACUGAGGAGGGACAUCGACGAGCUGAGGAGGAGCAUCUCAGACCGCUACACCCAGUGUAUGGGGGACAGCUGUGUCUCCCAGAGAGUCACAGUGACUCCCAGUGACACCCAGUGUGUGGGGGACAGCUGUGUCUCCCAGAGAGUCACAGUGACUCCCAGUGACACCCAGUGACACCCAGUGACGCCCAGAGACUUCCAGUGACACCCAGUGACGCCCAGAGACUUCCAGUGACACCCAGUGACGCCCAAGGACUCCAAAUGACACCCAGAGACUUCCAGUGACACCAAGAGACUUCCAGUGACACCCAGAGACUUCCAGUGACACCCAGAGACUUCCAGUGACACCAAGAGACUUCCAGUGACACCCAGAGACUUUCAGUGUCACCCAGUGACACCAAGAGACUUCCAGUGACACCCAGAGACUUUCAGUGUCACCCAGUGACACCCAGAGACUUCCAGUGACGCCCAGAGACUUCCAGUGACACCCAGUGACGCCCAGAGACUUCUAGAGACUACUAGUGAAACCCAGUGACACCCAGAGACUCCCAGGACCCUCCUGCUGGUGUCUGACCCUGUGUCUGUUUAACCCUUUUAUCCUCAAUGAGGAAUGAUUUAAGCUUUAAGCAUCCAUCACCCUAUAGACAAUGGACUCCAGAGGUGCAGUGGACUCACUUGUGGGAUCAUCGUGAACCAGACACAAACUGAAUUUAACAGAAUCAAUAACUUAAAAAAGUGUCAUUGAUCAAUAUUGAUUCUGUGCAUUUAACCACCGGCUUUAAGUCGACCACAGGACUCUUUUUUAUUCAAUAAUUAUCUGGUUGACAUUUCUGCAGCCAAAGAAGUGAAGUAAAGAAAACAGCACGUGCACUUUUUGUGGAUAAGACUUGCUCUUCUGUGCAGGCAGCUUGCAGAAUAAAUGACUUCCCUAACUUUAAUUAUCUCUGCAUGUUUCAUCAUGUCUGCAACUUUAAAUGCUCUAAGUUACCAUGGGAACCAGGACAAAGGGACUGUGCGUUCAGAUUUCACAUACCACUGAGAGCUAUGACUUUUUUAUCACACUCUCUCUCUGCUCCGUUUAGUUUUUACAUUUAAAGAAAUAAAACCAAAGAAAUGUUUCAAACAUGUUGAAAUCUGACCUUUGAGGUUUUUAAUGACACUUUAAGUAGAUCGUUGGCAGACAAAGUCUUACAGAUGGAAUAUAGUCACAUUCUGUCAGUAAAGCUGUCCGAACACAUUAGUCACAUGCAGAGAGGUGACAGAGAGACGAGCUGCAGGCUAUGAGGAUGUUCUGCAGGAUGUGUGAGCAGGAGGAACUUGAGAACGUAAAGAUGGAGAAGUCAGAACGAAUGAGCAGGAAGUUUAAAGUGAAUAAGGAAGGACAUUUAAUAUUUAGUAUUUCAUUCAAAAUGUUUCAAAGUUACAGAUUCUCUGAUGAUGUACCUUUAUGAACGUGCAGCUUACCUGUUCAUUCUUUUACAUCCAGUACAAACAUUUUCACCUUCACUAUAUAUUUUUAAAUACAUGAUAUUUUUUAUGUUUGUCAUCUUAAAUAACUGUACGGUGGCCCUGAAGGUCAAUUGCAAAAAAAAAAACAUUUUACUCAAAGCUAAAAUAAUCAACACAAAAAUGUUUCACAGAAAGUUUUCAACUUCCAUUAUAUUUUUCUGGUUUUUUUUGUGUGGAAUACUUUUGUAGUUCAAAGUUUGAGGUUUUCAUUCAAUAUUUGAACAUUUAGUGGAACACUUUUGUGUCUUAAUCAUUUAGGGCUUUAGAAAAAUGUCUCUCCGUUUUUUAUGUUUCAUCUAAUAUUUCAACGUUAAGUGAAAUGUUUUUGCACCUUAAGGGCCACCGUAGAACUGUGCUUUAUAUGAAGUAAUGUAAAAAAAAGUGUUGUUCACAUGGUUAAUAAAAUAUUUGGUUUCUUACCAUCCUGA